AUGCCUCGUAAAGACGUCGAGUUCAAGACGUCAGACAACGUGAUUCUUCGAGGAUGGCUUUUCACACCCUCCAGCAGCAACGGCAAGCUUCCAUGCUUGAUCAUGGCUCACGGCUGGUCUGCAGUCAAAGAGAUGGACCUCGACGCUUUUGCCGAACACUUCACCUCCAAGUUGCCCAUCACUUGCCUCGUCUACGACAAUCGUGGCUUUGGUGCAAGCGACACUGCGAAAGAUCAGCCCAGGCAUGAGAUUGUACCAAGCCUGCAGAUGAGUGAUUACUCGGAUGCCAUUACUUAUGCUCAGAGCCUUGAUGAGGUUGACGGCCGCAAGAUUGGCAUUUGGGGCAGCUCCUACAGUGGUGGGCAUGUCUUGUAUGUUGGCGCUGCUGACAAGAGGGUCAAGACUGUUCUCUCCCAGAUGCCCCUCGUGAACGGGUUCGAGAACUUUGUCAGACUUGUACGGUCGGACAUGGUCCCUGGCAUGAUUCAGAUGUGGGAAGAUGAUCGUAAAGGUAGAGCAGCAGGCAAAGAUCCCAUCGUCAUCCCGGUUGUGUCAAACGAUCCCGCAGCACCGAGUGCGCUUCCUACCCCUGACAGCUACGAGUUCUUCACAGCCUGGGAGAAGAAGAGUUGUUGGAAGAACGAAGUGACCUUGAGAAGCAUCGAGCACCUUCGCUCAAACGACCCAUCCCAUCUAAUCCACCGCUUGGCACCAACACCUCUCCUUAUGACAGUAGCUGCGAAUGACGUUCUCACCCCCACGGAUCUUGCCCUCGAGGCAUACUCGAGAGCCAGGGAGCCCAAGCAGCUUCACAUCAUCCCCGGUGGCCACUUCGACGGAUAUAGACUCCCACGCAUUGCCAUUCUCGCCUUUGGGCCCGCACACAUCACACCAGCCUUACGUGCGUGUUGCGUCGAGGUCACAGCAUUGGCCACAGGCUUCAGGCAUACCGUGACGAUGGAGCACGACAGCCUCGCCAUCCUUCUCUGCCCAGGAUCGUGGCAUACAACACGCCACUACGAUUCAUUCGUAACGCACGCAAAAGACCUCUAUAUUCAGGUCGAUGUCGCAAUCCCACCGAAUGAAGAGGGCCAGGUUACGGACGAUGACUUCGAGAUCCACGUCCGGAACGCAUCUCAGCAGCUCCAAGCAUUCAUGAAAGACGACAAGAACGUUCUGCUUCUGGCGCACAGCUUCGGCGGCUUCGUAGCGUGUGAGGCAGUUACUGCGGCAAGCCAUGUUUCGGCUGGUCGACUACUUGGAAUCGUCUUUGUAGCAGCGUUUGCACCCGAAUACGGACGGACCUUCGCAGACCUGUUUGCAGGCCAACCAGCACAGAGCUGGACAGCGAUCGAGGCGAGCACCGUCCCACCCCUUUUCAGACCUCGCUGA